ACCUCUGCCCAAAAAGUGUCCGGAUGCGUUGGUGGCUCCCUCAUAUUCCCUUCGAAUAAGCUGGCGCAGACCUAGUGGUGUCCUAGGGCAGAAAUGCAGCACGUGCGCGGCACAGAAUGCUAAAGCCCGCACAAAGUGACGAUUGCCAUGUGAGUCUUCCGGCACAGAAGAAUGGUGCAUGCAGAAACCCCUUGCUCGACAGCACCAGUCUGUAGCAGUGAUAAUAGUUUCCUAGUUGACGUCCAGUUUCUACAACCGCUGCCCAAAAGUUUCAUUCAAGCUAUCAGGAAUUCCGGCUCCUGUCCGUGGUGCCUCGGCGGGCAUCGGCGAAUGCACGGCUAAGCAUUUCGCCUCCCUCGGCUGCUGGCUCUCCCUGACUGCGCGGAGCAUGGAGAACCUGGAGAGAGUGGCAGAAGAUUGCUGCGCACAGGGACUUCCUAGAGACAAGGUGCUUGUAGUACCCGGUGAUGUAACAGUGGAAAAGGACAUCGCAGAAGUGGUGCAGAAAACAGCGAAGCACUUCGGACAAAUUGAUAUCCUCGUGAACAAUGCUGGUAUUCCCAUGCUAGGAUGCAUUCAAAGUGCCUCAAUGGAAGACUUUAAUAGAGUGUGGCGGACGAACUUUCUCGGUCCGCUCUGCAUGAUCAAAAAUGCUGUGCCCUACUUGCGUCUAACUAAAGGUAGCAUCGUGAAUGUUUCUAGUGUCGCAGGGUUGACUGCGAUUUUGAAGAACGUGCCUUACGCGGUCGCCAAAGCAGCACUGGACCACCUGACUCGAUGUGCUGCACUGGAGAAUGCCCCGUACGGUGUACGUGUGAACUCAAUCAACCCAGCUUAUAUCAAGACGACGAUGGGGAAAGCACCUACUGUCAGCGUAGAGGAACAUAUGGAGAUGAUGGAGAAAAAUGCCAGUGCUCUGCAUGCCCUUGCACGAGUGGCCGCACCGGAAGAAGUGGCUCACUGCAUCGCCUUCCUGGCAUCCGAUGACGCCGCCUUUGUCACGGGGACCACGAUGCCCUUCGAUGGAGGCAUGCUCCUUCUGUCCACUGUCUCGGAUUCCCCUAGAGUGUUCGAUGACAAGAAGAGUACUUAAGAUGCCAAGAGCGUAGCCUUGUCAUUGUGUCAGGACGAACUGCAGAAACUAAGGAAGCCCUGGCAACCCGUUUUUACAAAUAUCCCAAAUAACUGCUGUGCCUCGCAAUUAACGCAAUUUUUAUCUCGCGCUCUUAGAGGAGCACAUCUGUCUUAGCCCCGUUAGUGCAAAGAAGGACGAAUACAGUAGUCUGCAAUGCACAAACUAAAAAAACGACCAGUUACUCGUGCAGAAGUGAACUGCCCACAAGCCUUAGUUGUUAUUUUGGAGGACACACAUUCAGCAUGGCACCUUCACUGAGCAAUCUACGCAAAAGGCAAAAUAAAUUUAU